AUGGCACCCUGCCUCAGCCCAUCCAGGCAGGCAACGGGUUUGCUCUGUCCCCUGCAGGACCUGCUGGCUCUGCUGCAUGCACAAGGGCCAUCCACGGAGGGGAUCUUCCGCCUGGCAGCCGGCGAGCAUGCCUGGCGGGAGGUGCGGGAGGCGCUGGACAGGGGAGUGGAGGUCCAGCUGGAAAGCCAGCCUGUGCACCUGCUGGCUGCCGUCUUGAAGCAGCAGUGCUCCAAGGCUCACCCACAGCCCUCGGCCUUGCAGGACUUCCUGCGGAAGAUCCCCUCCAAGCUCCUCCAAGCAGAGCUGUACGGGGAGUGGAUGAGUGCCCUGCAGAAGAGCAGCAGGCAGGAGAGGCUGGCAGGGCUGAAAGAGGUGGCCAGCAAAUUGCCCCAGGCCAACCUCCUCCUCCUGAAGCGCUUGUUGGCCCUGCUGCACAACAUCAGCAGCAAUGCAGCCGCCAGCAGGAUGACUGCUGCCAACCUGGCCAUUUGCGUGGGGCCAAAUCUCCUGAGCCCAGCCGAGGAGCACACGCUGCCCCUGGACAUGCUGUUGCAGGUGACAGAGCAGGUGACACGGCUGGUGGAGUUCCUCAUCGACCAUCAGGGGGAACUCUUUGAAGAGGAGCAGGUGACUGGGCUCGAGGCUGCAGAGGCUGAGGAGGUGGCAGCAGCGAGGCCAGGAGAACUAGAAGCUGGAGAGGUGCCUCCAGUGGCUCCCGCAAGCACAGAGCCAAAGAGCUCAUCUGGGCACAGAAGGUCACCCAAAGCUUCUGGGGACACGCGGCAGUGCUCCUGCAGGAAGAGAAAGCUGAGCUGUAAAGAGGAGAGGGACAGCCAGCCCGGCAACAAAAGGCAAAAGCUGGAAGGAGAUCCCAAGCUUGAAGAGAUUCCUGCAGAAACGUCACCUCUUGGACUCAGUUCCCAAAUAUCUGAAUGGCACACGGGACAUUCUUCUGAGCACAAAGGGAGUUGUUUCUCUCUAGCUUUAUACUGAUAGUUUUUAGGGUUAGUUAUAGUUAUUCCUAGAGGUGUUAAGAGUUCUACUUGCUACAUUAGAGUUAGAGUGGUUGUUCCAGUUCUAGUUAUUAGAGUUCCUGUUUGAGUGAGUAUUGUUGUUACGGUUCUAGAUGUUAAGGUUGUAGUGAUAGUUGUUCCAGUUCUAGUUAUUAGAGUCGCUGUUCAACUUGUUACAGUUCUAGUUGUUAAGGUUGUAGUGAUAGUUGUUCCAGUUCCAGUUCUUAGAGUUGCUGUUCAAGUGGUAGUUGUUGUUAGAGUUCGAGUUGUUAAGGUCGUAGUGAUAGUUGUUCCAGUUUGAGUGAUAGGUGUUCCAGUUCCAGUUCUUAGAGUUGCUGUUCAAGUGAUAGCUGUUGUUAAGAGUUCGAGUUGUUAAGGUUCUAGUUGUAGCUGUUCCAGUUGGAGUUGUUCUUGUUCUGGUUCUAGUUACAGAAAUGAAGAAGGAGGCAGGAGAGAGGAAGGUGAAGGCCCAGGGGAUGCUGAUCACAACCACGUUGUCGUUGAGGGGGAAGGCCCAGGUGAAGUGGUGCUAACCCCUGAGGGUGCUAUGUGGCAGAUGGUGCAGCAGGUGCAGCCUUGCUGCGGUAGUCGUUGGAGAGGUGGCACAGCAGCUGCCAAAAGAUGCGAGUCCAGGAGCAGCAGAGGCAGUGGAGACUGAAGGGCAGCCCCAGGAGCACAAAGAAGUGCGAGCUGGUCAGGCUGGGCAGGCAGAGGUUGGUGGUGGUCUCAUGU